AUGAUGUCUUCCUCGCACCUCAUCGGUGCAGUCGUCCGCAGAGGCCUGGAGACUGCUCCCCAUCAUCUGGCAAAGCGAGUAGAUGUCGGCCGUAUGGUCUUCACUUGGGAAUUUGCUGCUUUUGCCGUAGUCACUGUACUCUGCGUCGCCGGUAUUAUCGCGAUCCAAUAUACCUACGGUCUAGUUGUGACCACGCUGACCAUCGUCGAGGAUCCUAACCCCGAGACAGCUGCACCUCUGCCCAGCUACAGCGAUGCGGUGGAAGACGCCACUAUCGAUAAGAAGCAGCAGCAGCAGACCUUCGGCCAGACUGAGAUUGAGGCGCUUCCCACGAGCUAUAAGCCCAUCACUAGCGGGCUCCGUUCAACAAUCAAGCAUCUUCGUUCUCGUGCUGGCCCCCGGGCUGGAUUACGCGGUUUUUCUUACUUUUCGGCCCUGAGUCUUGUCCGCGGUAUACUGACUGGCCUGGUGGGUUUCAUGGGAGGCCUUGCUCCAGUGGUUGCGGAUGUUGCUGUUUCGACCAUGAUUCUCGCCUGGAUCCACGCUGUUAUCUCUGCACCCAGCUCCAAGACCUGGUACCAACGCUUCCCGCCAAUCCGUAACAACUGGAUCAAGAUGGCACCGGCCGUUUUCCUGUCGACAGCAGCCUCUUACCUGAGCUUCCACAUUCCGGUUGCCAUUGGAGUGGCACUCGGUGGCUUCCGUUAUGAUGGGCACAACAUGUAUUCUCUGACUGAGCCCCGUCCCAUCUACCUUCUGCAUGCCGGGGGUGCUGUGAUCCUGUCACUGGUUCUGAGCCUGGCCCUUGAAAUUCCUGCCUUCGUGAUCAUGGUUCGGGUUGCAGCCUCUCUGUUGCCUGCCGACGAUGAGACCAUCGUCCCCUUCGACCGAACCUUUAACGGCAAAGUGACCUCCAUGAACGCUGAUGGAGCUGGCUAUGUCGGUAUUCUUGAUGCCUGGAAGACCUUCAGCUGGGCCUCCUACCGCCGUCUGAUCAUGGCUCUAGUCAAGGUUACCGGUCUGAUCGUAGCCGCAUGUCUGGUUUAUGGUAUCGUUGUUGGCAUUGCUUUCGCCAUUUUCGCGUCUGAUGGGUCCAAGGCCUUCCUCGCUUCCAUGGGCUAUGCAGUCUGA